AUGAACGAUUUUACAUCCCAGCAUCGUCAACUUGCGCCGGGACCUUCCCCCACGGCGGGCAUGCCGGACAUGCCGAUGGGGGAGGCUCCUCCUGGCGACAGCUACCGGAAAUCAAGCGAUUCCAAGAAAAGAGUCUCCAUGGCAUGCUUGGCCUGUAAAAAGUCCAAGCGGAAGUGUAUCUUUGACGAGACACUAGACCAACGCCGUCGAGUGGCCGCAAAACGCACGGCUGAUGAACUCAGUUACCACCGGGAUAUGCUGAAUGACAUGUUGAAAGUGAUGAAGGCGGAAGAUCAGUCCCAUGCCCUCAGGUUGUUGGAUAUCGUCCGGGCCGAUGCCACUGCGGAGGAGAUUCGGGCCUUCAUAGAUGAGACACUAGCACAGAUUUCAGGCAUGGGCAAAAACUCUAGGCCCGCUUUGCAGAAGUUCGAGGAGGUCCGGCGGAUAAUAGAUCUCGAAGGUGGGCCGUCGUUUCGUCCACAAGUAAUGGAUAUCCAUUACUUGUGUGAUGAGGUGCCACAUCGCGUUCCUGCGAAGCCGUGGACUACGAUCACCCAGGAUUCGGGUCUUGUCUCCCACUUGGUCUCCUUGUAUUUUACGUGGGACUACCCGUUUCAUGCUUUCCUCGACCGCGAGGUGUUUCUGACCCAUAUGGUCUCGGGGAACGUCAAAUCGGAGUUUUGCAGUCCCUUUCUCGUCAAUGCUCUUCUGGCCAAUGCAUGCCAUUAUUCGGACUAUUCCGAAGCAUAUGUCGAUCCAGGGGAUCUUUUGACCAAAGGCGCUGAUUUCCUCGCCGAAGCCGAACGUUUGAGAGACGAAGAGACCACAAAGCUCAGUCUUACCUUCCUGCAGGGGACGCUCCUGUUGUUUGAGAGAUAUUCCCUUUGUGGGAACAACGAUCUCGGGUAUAAGAUGCUCCAUCAAGCAAUAUGGACUGGCGAGGCACUAGGGCUGAUUGGUCCAAAGGCGAACCAGGGGCAGUUGUCGGAACAUAUGGAUGUCUCAAUCAGGCGAACAGCGUGGGGUCUCUUCCAUAUAGAUACGUACAUCCAUGCCGGUUUCCUGAGACCAAGCUUGAUCAACAAGGUAAGCUUGGAGCCACCGGCAGGAGUGGAUGAUACGUCUCUAUGGACUCCAUACCCGUCGCACCGCGCGGCCCGACCGUCCCAGCUCAGUCGAUAUUUUACUGAGUUAUACGAGCUAUGCAAAAUUGCGAGAGACAUAUCACAGCGCCUUUUCGCAAUGGACGGCGCUUCACCCACAGUACACAACUACCGUCAAAUCAAAGAGACCCUUUAUGAGAGACUUUGUCAAUGGUAUGAUGCACUACCAGAGAGCUUUGAUCCCCAGCGCAAACCGCCACCAUACGUCCUCCUCUUAAGGAUGCGAUACGACACAUUGCUCAUCACCAUGUUCUCCUUUACACCACAGGAGAAUACAUUGAGAUUUCAAUCGGAGGCUCCGCAAACGCCAGAGAGCACACCGAGCCUGAGUCCACAGCCAAAGUGCGAUGCUGAUGAGAUUAUACAGUCCGCGAUACGCGAUAUCUCCUGUUUAGCACUUGUCCAUCGGCGGGAAUAUGGUAUGACUCGCGCGCAUUAUUUUGCCUUGUAUGCGAUCAACUUGGCCUUGUUCACGAUGCUGGCCCGAGACGCCUUCGAUAUCCUCCAUCCAGACUUCCUGUCGCUCACAAGCUCUUUUCACAGCAUUGCCAGCCGAUCUCCCGUGGGACGGGGUCUUUUCUACCUGUUUCGAGAGAAGGUCCGCGCGAAAGGCCAAGGCCAGCGACUCCAAGAGUCGGAUGCUGCGACCGCAGAUUUGAAAACGCUGUUUGAUGAGCAGUCAAGUUCCUAUCCCAAAUUAGAGGAGUACGCCAGAGGCUUGGAGAAAUUGAACCAGGACGAGCGCUAUCGUGGUAUCCCAGGCGAGGGAGACGAAAGCAUCUCUAGCAUGCUCGAUCGCUACGAGAGUUUGAGUUUGGGGAAGGAUGAAAUUGCACCCGAAAGAGCACGGGCAGGUGACCGAUAG